UUUAGUUCAAAAAGGCUUUUGUAGAGAGUGAAAAUAGCGUAAACAGAGCUGUUCCUGAAUAAAAAGACAAAAAACAAGUUUAGAAACCCUCUUUAUAGGUUUUUAACUUCCGGCUGUUGUCAAAAAAUUAUCGAAUUUUAAAUAAUUAUUCGAAAGAGGUUGAUCGUGUGACUUGAGAAAAUUUUGUUGAUUCAUGUGGAUUUGUGCCCAUGUACAAACUGCACCUUUGGAAAAGAAUUGUUAGAUGCUAACCACGAGCAAAAACUUCUUUUAAUUCCAUGACUGUUGUAGAGAUGUGAGGAUUUCGGUGACUCCUAUGUUUCUUUUGGUUGGCUAAGUGUUGCAAUUGAUUUGUUGUAUCUCAUAAUUUGUUGAUGUAAUUCUAUCAUGUAAGUGAAACUGUAGUUUGACUGUAUAACUUCACUUUCAAAUUUCAAUAUUUUUUGCACACCCUUCACGUGUACUCGUGUUGCUGUGAGCAGUGAACACAAUCUUUCUCUUGCGUCUCAUUCCUUCUUUCCUUUUUUUUUUCUGCUUUCUUUUCUUAUUUUAUUUUUCUCUUAUGCCUGAUUGUAAUGGAAAAUUUGACCAAUUACAACGAAUCACUUUCUUCCCUAGCCAUCUGCAUCCUUUAUUACAAAUGCAGUUAUAACCUACAAGUUACUCAUUAUUGCGCUUAGUUUUACACUUUUGUUGUCGGAACCAAUGGUACCAGAGGAUUGCACAUGGUAUUUUAAUGCAUUUUCUCUUCUUAACUCGGUUAUGAUGUUGCAUAGGCUGAGACACUUCCCACUGGCUGUGGUAAUUCAGCCUUUUCCAUUUGCUGCUGAUUUUCGUCUGGAAAAAGCUUACGAAGAAAAAAAGAAAAGAAAAGAAAGAGCGAUAUAAAAUAUAAAAAUGAAACGAAGACGUGGGAGCAAGAAAGGACGGACAAAGAAGCCGAAGCUGGGUAGCACAGAUGACGGGGCUUCGAAUGCUGUUAGUCCAAAUACGGAUGACAAUGACUCUGGGCCAGACGAGUCUGACCACGAAGAGGAUAUCUCUGGAGUUGAUGCUGAUGCUGAGGCUGAGGCUGAGGCUGAGACAGAACCCGAGGUGGCUAAACCUCCUCCUGAAACCAUUCAGCCCGAAAAACCUGUAAAUACUGAUAUUUUAAGUCGGCCAAUCAGUAACACGUUUGGUAAGGCAGUGUAUACGCGCGUGAAAGUGAGGAUCAAGACUUCGAAAAAUUUGGAUUCCCAACGUGCCUCCUCUGAUGCCCCCAUUCAGAUUGAUACCGGAAAGAGUGGAUUCCAGUUGGGUUUGGAAAAACAAGAGGUUCCUGGGGAGAAAAGGGAGGACAGUGCAAACUCUCUGUCCGAGACAAAUGGGGGUGGGUCCGGAAAUACUUCUCAAAAGUCGUUGGGCAUAAAGAUUAAGUCCAAGGGAUUGGGUUCAACGUGUAUGAGCCCGUGCAGCAAUACUGAAACCGUCAAGGGAGAUAGGGUAGAAAAGAAGGAUACAGAGUCACUUCAGCAGGAGUCGAGAUCCAAUGAGCAAGAGUUGAAAGCUGCACUGGAGGUGAUAAAAAAAGUGAUGAAGAUGGAUGCAGCUGAGCCCUUCAAUGCUCCAGUGAACCCUGUUGCUCUUGGGAUACCGGACUAUUUUGAUGUCAUCAAGACACCGAUGGAUUUCGGUACGAUAUGCAAUAACCUUGAGAAAGGUGUGAAGUACAAGAACUCGGAGGAUGUCUUCAAAGACGUACAGUAUAUAUGGGAGAACUGUUACAAAUACAAUAAUAAAGGUGAUUAUAUAGUGGAGCUUAUGAGGCGGGUGAAGAAGAGCUUCACUAAGUAUUGGACGGCUCUUGGUUUAUUCAAUGAUCAGCCUCAGGAAAAUAAUGGUAUUGUUCUUCUCGUUUAUGCUAUUCCUCUUCGUUCUCUGGGUUCAGAAAGCAAUGCAGUAAAAGAGCUCAGUCCUUCAAGUGAAGGGAAUACGCCAGUGGAUGGUGGUGCCUUGAACCUCUCAGGCAAAAAGUUCCAUGGGCUUAAGAAGCACAAGGAAGGUUGCCAGUGUGCAAUUUGUGUAAUGAUGCGCCGUAGACAGGAAAGAGAGGAGAUUGCUCGUAUGAUGGGUGGUCAGACUGAAGGCAGUGAUGAUGACUCCAUGGGUGAAGAAGAUAAUAAGCCAAAUGGGAUCUCACGUGGAGGCAGUCCUUUUGGUGAAUAUGCCUCGUCAAAUAUGGAGAACUCAUCUGAUGCAGAGACUGGAAGGAGAGGGCAAGAAAUGAAAUUGGGACACAUCAGAAAUUUCUAUGGUCAGCACUUGGAGAAUGCUGGAAAACGAGAGGGGUCUCAGGAUUUGCAGGUGGGUCAUGACAGCCUCCAUUAUUUGGCCUCACACGAGACUUGCAAAGAUAAUGGAAAUGCUGCUACCAACCAGGAGAUGCCUAAGGAGGCACUGGAUAAGAAUCAGAGGGCUAAAAUGUUGGAGAAUCUCCGUUAUCUGGACAAUCCAAUGCUUUUGGAUUUAUACGGGACUCUGUUUGUGGAUAGUUCGAGGUCUUUUUGGAAUGGACCUCAUUCAUUGAGUGGUGGCACCAAACGAAGGAGUUCUUUAAGUUCAGCUAUUGCGUCAUUAAUGAAGUAAUAGCUGCUUGGCAUUUGAUUUUUGUUAUUCACAUUACAAGGGCGUUAGUGAUUGUGCUCUUUUUGCAGGAGAUAAUGUAAUAAGAUGAUAACUUGGUAUUGUUGGAACCAAUACACACAAUAGCCUUUUAUAAGUUUGAAAUGAAUAGAUUGUGAUGUCACACCUUAUUAGAAAUUCAGUGUCUUUUUCUUUUUUUUUUCUUUUUCUUUUUUUGUUCUUUUCUGGUCCUGUUGUUUAGUUUCUUUUAGAUUCCGAAUGUAGGCUUAUGUUUUGUAAAUCUGCGAGAAUCCAAUUAUCAUUACUUGUUUAUGAAUGUUAUGACUUUCUUUUUCAUUGUUAAUGUUGG